AUGAGCCACCAACGGGAGCAUCGGGAGCAACGGGAGCAGCAACCGCAUCCGCAUCAUAGCCACAGUGGCAUAGAUUUUCGAAAUCUGUGCCAGCGCUUCGACGUGGAAAAUCUAAAGGCCAAGUUGCCUGCUUUGCCUCCGCUGCCACAACUGAAAUAUCCUAAGGCGCUGCCUAGGCUUCGGGGCCGAAAAAUCUUUCGCAGCUCGCGUGAAAAUGUCAAUUUGGAGAACAAGAAGAGUGCGACGCCUCAGCAUGAGCUGUCGCCUCCGGCACCACAUGCGCAGUUUAUCAACCACACGCCCACACGCAUUUCCACGAUAAGUUCGCUCAUGAACGAGCGUAGCCAGGAGCAUGGGAAAUCGGGUGGGAUGGCGGGAGGUCGGAACACUUAUCGCAGCGCUGGCAGUGUAGACGAUGUGGACUAUUAUGGCAGAUCGACUGGCGGAGAGCGCAUCUCAAGGCCCAUUAGUCCCGUGCGAUUACCUGCAACCACUCCUGACGAUGGCGUUCCUGCACGUUUAAGUUUGGGACAGCGCUUGCAACGCGGCUACAAAGACAUCAGCGAGUUUCGUCUGAAGCAUCUGUUUGCCAAGAAGACCGUAGUACGUCGGGAUGGCAUCGAAGUGCAGCGCUAUGUGGAGCAAUAUGAUGAAGAGCGACGCUAUGAGCAAUUGGAACAGCAGUGUCGCGACCGGGAGAUAGCCGACAAUUAUAAAAUCAAAUUUCACAUGUCCCGUCAGAGCACGCUAGAUUCACCAGGGACUGGUGGGUCGCGUCCUCCUCCUGGCAGGCCCAGUGUGGGCGAACACAGUGGCGAUGAGAGCGGCAUGGAAAGUACGCCGCCCGCACGCAAGCCUGGAAUAGCUGCCACGCGCUUUUCGAAGGUGCGCAAUCCGCCCUUGCCAAUGCCCGAUCAGGAAGAAACGGGAGAUGAGGCAGGAGCACCCAAGGCCCGUGGAGCAGAAGCUGCGCCAAGGGCAAGCCGUAGCAGCUACAAGGAACGUAUGAAGCAGUUGCGUGGCAGUAGCAGUCAAUUGCUUACAAAACUACCCAACUUGACAGGCAGUAAGCCGAAGAUCGACGAGACGACAACAGAUCGACAGCAGAGCCAGGAGCGUAAGCGACGAGCUCCACUCUCCCCCCAACAAUCGGAGGAGAACCAAGCGGAGACGACGGCAACGACGGGAGCGGGAGCUGCAGCCGCUCCUAUGCGACAGGCUAUUAGGAAAAAUAUCAAGCGUCUGCACAAGUCUAUUAAACGCGUGCAGGUGCCUAAGACGACAACAACAGCAACGAAAACAGGGGCAAACGCUACAGCUACAGACGAUUCGGAUGAAGAUCAACCAACGGUUCCAACUGUCAAGCCCACACGAAGUGCUCGUCUGAAGGCGCGUUUGAGACGUUUCAAGUCUAGCGAAGAGGUGUCAACUGAUGCACCAACCGAGAGCCUAGGCAGUCGGCUGCAGCAGCACUGGCGCAAUAAUUUCAAGCGCGGCGGAGACGACCAAAGCUCUCCUGAAAAGGACAAGGACCAAACUCGAGAGCAGGUGGAUCGAGAUACGGGAUCAGGCAAUCUGCUUCAAAAACUGCGACACAUACGGACUCGCAAGGCGCCAAGCCAAGACGACCUCGAUGAGGAUGCUACAGGGCCUGCAGGAACUUCUGCCUCUGCAAACCGUGGCAUGGCCGCUCAAUUGGAAGAGCGUUUCACACAGGCGCGCCAGCGCACCAUGAAGAAGGUCAACGAGAAAAUGCAACAGAUUAAGUUUUUUCAGCGCGGCACCAAUGCCGAGCAAGCGUCGUCGCGAUCCCCCAAACCCAAUACUGUGGGUCACGAGCCCGUGGAAAUCGAUGACGAGGAACUGGAUGCCACCUACCACCACAGCAACAGCAGCAGUGAACAGGAAGAUAGCGAACAGUAUGACACUGAUCAAGAGCUGGACGCUUGUGAAGCACACCCAACAGCCCCAAGUCGUCGUCGGCAAAAGCAAGGAGAGCACGCGGAUAGCCUAUCACAAGAUUCGCACGCCGACGUUAUCGCUGCGCACGAGAUGGCAACACUUGAUCAGUUACAGGCGCGCACUGGCGGCGGUUCCGGCGUCGGCCUCACCGCCUGGACAACGGAACCAAUUCUUUGCGAGGAGUCUCAGGACUCCGAUGGCGAUGCUGCCGAUGCCAGCGUCUAUCCACGCGUGCUCAUUCACCAGGAUCACUCAGAUGCCUUUGAGUCGACACUAAUAAUUGCGGUAACCCGUGCGGCAGCGUCUGCUUCACCAGCGCCACGCAGUAACUUACUGGAGGCGGCUCCAGCACCACCUCGUCGCAGCUCAGCCGGCGAAUGGGUGCCCAAUGAGCAAAUUAUCGCCGGAUUUCUGGCCACAGACGCUGAAGCAGCUUGGCAAACGCAGUCAAAACAAAAACCUCUAGUAAGUUCCACUCUAUACAAACCCAAGAGUAUUGACAUUUUCGAGGCCAGUGCACGUCAGGGUGGCGUCAGUGCCGCCUUCGGUGAGGACUUCGAGGAUGCAUUGCGCAAUACGCCGGUGGUCAAAAUCAGUGCAGACAGCAGCGACAGCUACGAGGAAGCAGGUACUGAAUUGUCCAAGACCAUGGCGAUCAAUCCCGUCACUACUACGACGCAACUCAAGCGUCAAAUUGGUAAUAGUCGCGAGAGUCUCAUUGCGCAUAUGGGCGGCGAGCCUGAGGAAAGCGACGAUGCAGAAGACGAGGAUGAUGAAGAAGACACCGACUCUGAUGGAUCGAAGCCACAUUCGAAUUCAAGUCCACCAUCGGCGGCGCCAUCUCCACCACCUCGCUGCUCACCACCACCGCCGCCUUUACCAGAGCGGCGGCCUCCGCAGCCACCCCCGCCGACAGUAGCUCCCAUUUAUGAUGCAGUCCCACCACCUCUGCCUGCCACCAAACCCCCACAAGCGGUGCCCACGUCAUCACCAGUGACAGUGGUAGCGGCUGUGGUUCCGCAUAUACCUGAACGAAGUGCCUCAAUGUCGCGACCCGCAAAACCGUUGGUCAAGACCAGCUCACUCCGACUAACCUACAACGAGCAGGUGCGUCCCGGUGAUGUGGGAAAGGUGAACAAGUUGAUCUCACGUUUUGAGGGACCACAACAGCAGCAGAGGACCCGUCCUCGUCUUAUUGCACGUCGUCUACAUAGCGAAGAGUACGAUAUGGCAGCCUAUAGCGAUAACGAUGGUGAGGAAUUGGAGGCCUUGGAAGCGCGAGAUACCACUCCAACACCAGCCAACAUCAAUCGUAGGACCAUACCCGAAAUAGUAACAACCCUUCCUACCAGUUGCAAUAAUAACAUAAAUAAUAACAUGGUGCUGGAGAAACUACCCGUAUCGAGUGCAACGCAAGCUACGGCACUUAGUCUGGACCGACAGAACUCGAACUGUAGUCGCUCCGAAUAUGGAUCACCACUGGCCUAUCCCUCGAGUCGGCGGGGAUCCAACGAUCAGCAGACGCCAACCGCUCUGUGCCGACCACACCGACAACAGAUUCCGCCUCAGGUUCAACCGCAACAGCAGUCACGGGAUCAGCUGGAACUGCAACGCCAGACCCGACGGAGUCGCCGAUCCAUGACGCGAGACGAUGAUAAUUUUUACUCGUUCGAUAGCGAUGAAGAGAACAGCUACUACUCAAUCAGCCCUUCGGGCAGCAGUCGCUAUGUGGUGGAGAUCUAAACCAAACGACGCAUGCACUCUAGUUCCAUUACGAGUAUGUCUUAUAAAAUUGUAACGAAACUGUAUUAAAGAGCCAACACCAAAA